UGUAGCCAGCUAGUUGUGUUAGCUUGCCAUGGCGGCCAUUGCCGUCAUCAUCCUGCUCCUCCCACUCACACCGUUUCUGGUGGCUGCUGAUGUGUUCUGCGACAACGUCAAGGCCGUCGCCGGCACCCUCUCCAAGAACGCCUCCUCUUCCCCGGUACAUUUCACCACCACCACCUACGGCCAAUCCCCCGAUAUCGUCUAUGCGCUCGCGCUAUGCCGCGGUGACAGCUCCGCCUGUGGCGGGUGCAUCACCAACUGGUUCAAUAAAGCGCUAAACCUGACGAAUUGCGACAGAGUUGGCUACAACUACAGGGAUUGUAUCGUUGUCUACAGUGCCGACGACGACAUACUAGCGGCACCCUCGAAUACCACAGGAGGAUAUGGUGACAGCACUCCGCCCUUUGAGGACUGGAACAUCAAGAAUGUCUCCAGGGACAUCUCCCUCAUCGUCGGUCUCACUCGCGAGCUGCUGGCAGCAACAGUGGAGAAGGCGGCCAGCAUGGUUCCAACGCGGUACGCUACCGGGGUCAUGGACAUGGAGAGGGUGACGACCUACCCGAAGGUGUACUCCCAGGUCCAAUGCACGCCAGACCUGUCUACCGACGACUGCUCAGCAUGCCUACACCGUCUCCUCGGCAUGGUCAACUCCACCAUGGCCCUGCGCAUGGGUGGACAGAUGGGUGUCACACGGUGCUAUUUUAGGUACGAGGCAUACCAGUUCUACGAUGCCGAACCUCUGCUAAGUCUGCCAUCACGGCCGGCGCCAGCACCAGCUCCAACUCUAACCAAACACAAGAGGAACAUGAUGUGGGCGAUUCCCGCAGUUGUAGUUCCGCUAACAAUAGCAGCAUUUCUCCUCUUCAUCUGUUACUCUCGCCGUCUUAAAAGGCAAAGAAAAGGAUCAAGGAGGGAGAAGCAGGGGGAAAAAUCGGAGUUCUCUUUGUUCGAAUUUGAGCAGCUACUAGAGGCCACAAGAAAUUUUUCAGAAGAAAACAUACUUGGACAUGGUGGCUUUGGGACUGUCUACAAGGGCCAGCUUCCAGAAGGUUUGGAGAUAGCGGUAAAGAGACUUGCUUCACAUUCAGGACAGGGUUUCACAGAGUUCCAAAAUGAAAUCCAGCUCAUAGCGAAACUACAGCACACGAAUUUGGUUAGGCUUUUGGGAUGUUGCUCUCAAGAAGAGGAGAAAAUGUUGGUCUAUGAAUACUUGCCAAACAAAAGUCUGGAUUACUUCAUCUUCGAUGAGAAUAAAAGAGCAUUUCUGGAUUGGUCAAAACUUGUAGCAAUAAUUGAGGGAGUAGCACAUGGACUACUUUACCUGCAUAAGCACUCCCGGUUGCUUGUCGUACAUCGAGAUCUUAAACCGAGCAACAUUCUUCUCGAUGGUGAGAUGAAUCCAAAAAUUUCAGAUUUCGGGCUAGCAAAAAUAUUUAGCUCAAAUGACACCGAAGGAAACACUACAAGAAGAGUGGUCGGCACAUAUGGCUACAUGGCCCCUGAGUAUGCUUCGAAGGGCAUCUUUUCUAUUAAGUCCGAUGUCUUCAGCUUUGGCGUUGUCAUUUUGGAGAUCCUUAGCGGAAAACGGAAUUCUGGUCACCAACAAUGUGGAGAUUUCAUCAAUCUGCUUGGACAUGCAUGGAAAUUAUGGGAAGAAGGAAAGUGGAUUGAUCUCGUUGAUGCCUCAUUGGUGCCCGAUAGUCACUCAGCAAAGAUGAUGAGGUCCAUUAACAUUGCAUUGUUGUGUGUACAAGAGAACGCAGUUGAUCGACCAACAAUGGGAGAUAUUGUUUCAAUGUUAAGUAGUGAGACUAUGAUCUUGGACGAGCCUAAGCAGCCAGCAUAUAUCAAUGUAAGAGUGGGAAAUGAAGAGUCGUCCACUGCUCUCGAGUCAUACAGUUUCAAUGACAUGACCAUAUCUGUCACAAUUCCAAGAUAGU